ACAACAAUUCUCAUGACACAAUAAUUUUACGAAACGCAUACAAUUGUUGGGAGAAGAUGGAACUUGACAGCACUUUAUAAAAAUAUUGUAAUUUUGACAGAAAUCAACCAAAAUGGCACUUGAAGAUCCGUUCUUCGUUGUUAAAGAGGAGGUCCAAAAGGCAUUACAGACAUCCAAAAACCUGUACACAAGAUGGUGUGAACUAGCAGAUGCCCCAAAUCUCGUCUCCGUAGAAGAAUACAACUGGACAACUAAUGAGCUGAGAAAUAGCUUGCGGAGUAUAGAAUGGGAUCUCGAAGAUUUAGAGGAAACUAUUGGUAUUGUCGAGAAAAAUCCUCGUAAGUUUAGAAUAGAAGUCCCGGAACUGAAGGAGAGGAGGGAAUUUAUAGAGCGAACUAAGGCAGCUGUUAGGGAGAUGAAAUCUCAGAUGACAAGCCCCCAGUCACAUGCCACAGAAGAGUCAAAUGUUAGACAGUCAUUAUUGAAUUCCAACAGUCCCAGUAAAUCCUAUGACAAGUAUUCAAGACUGGACGCUGAGAUGGAACGUUCUCACCAAAGUUUUAUAGAUGAUACAACACAAAAUCAACAGUUAAUUAUAAAGGACCAAGACGAGCAGCUUGACAUGAUUGGGUCCAGUGUUGGUGCCCUGAAAAAUAUGAGCCAUCAAAUAGGCAACGAAUUAGAGGAACAGAAUAGAAUGUUAGAUGAUUUUCACCAUGAGAUGGACAAGACAGAAUCUAGGAUGGACACAGUAAUGAAGAAAAUGGCAAAAGUUUUACAUAUGUCUUCAGAUAAACGGCAGUGUUGUGCUAUAGGAGUGUUGUUAGUAAUUUUACUUAUAGUUGUCAUUUUGCUCAUUGUUUUAUGAAACUCAUCUCAUGCUCCCAUCUAGCAUGCUCACAUCUUCUAGCAUGCUAACAUCUUCCAUUGUGCCCAUAGACAAAAAUGUAGUUCCAUCAUGGUUUUUCACACAAAAAAUCUAUCAUUACUUAACAUAGAAAUGGAUUAAAUGACUCACAGUUGGAUCUUUGAUUAUGUACAACCACACAGAGAAUUUUGAAGUCCUAAUUACAUAAAGUCUAUGGUUAACCAUGCACAGUCCAAUAUUGUGUUCUUUUUAUGUUAAUAUUUAUUGUUAAAUCAUGCCCACACAUUAAAAGCAAUGCAUUCCUCUUAGUCUUACACAACAGUGAUCAUUUAACAUACAGUUAUGUUCACAUAAUGUAGUGAACAGUUGUGUUCAUUCCUCAGAAUGUUAACUCAUUUAUUGCAUGACAUAAUUAUUAAGUCAUGCUCACAUUUCAUAUUGUUGAGCUCUUCAUGCACAAUAUAGAUAGACAUGACAUGAUAUUGAGUCAUGCUGAUAUCUCACAUAAUAUUAUGUUGAGUCAUGCUCACAUAAUAAGACAUUGAGUCAUGCUCACAAAACAUGAUGUUGAAAGCUCACAUAACAAAGUGUUGUGUCAUGCUCACAUAACAUGGUGUGGAGUCAUGCUCACAUAACAUGGUGUUCAGACAUGCUCACACACUCGGUGUUGAGCCAUGCUC